UCCAGGCAACCCAAAAUCUCGCCACACCCGUGACGUCAGAGCGGAGAUAUAAACCAGGGGCGUUUGCGCUUGGCUCUGCGCGUCUCCACCGUGUGUCAGAGCAGAGAAACUCGAUCUAUCAAACAUGUCUUUCAUCUCUGCAUUUCUGGAGCAGACUGUGUAUCUGGGUGUGUCUGAUGAUGUUAGCUUCCAGGGGACUGUGAAAGCGUGUGCUCAGUUUAACCCAGCUGAAGAUGCGGCUGUUCUGGAGAAAGCCAUCAAGACAAAGGGCGUUGAUGAGGACACCAUCAUCAACGUUCUUGUGAAGAGGACAAAUGAUCAGAGGCAGCAGAUCAAAGCUGCAUAUCAGAAAUCCACUGGCAAGGCCCUGGAUAUAGCUCUGAAGUCAGCACUGGACGGUGAGCUAGAGGGCGUAGUUCUGGCUUUGCUCACAGCUCCGGCUAAAUACGAUGCCCAACAUCUCAAACACGCCAUGAAGGGCUUGGGCACAGAUGAGGACACUUUGAUUGAGAUUCUGGCCUCCAGAUCCAAUAAGGAGAUUAGAGACAUCAAAGUUACCUACAAAGAGCAAUUCAAGACGGACCUGGAGUCUGAUAUUAAGUCUGACACGGGUGGACCCUUCAGGGAUUGCCUUCUUGCUCUCUGCAAAGCUGCCAGAAGUGAGGACAAGACUGUGCAAAUGGAUCUGGCAGACAAAGAUGCCAGGGACCUCUAUGAGGCUGGAGAGAAGAGGAAAGGCACUGACUGCGCCGUGUUCAUCAACAUCCUGACCAGCAGGAGUGCUCCUCAACUCCGAAAAGCUUUUGAAUGCUAUUCCAAGUACAGCAAAGUUGACGUGGCCAAAGCAAUUGACCUGGAGCUGAAGGGAGACAUUGAAAACCUUUUGACUGCCGUUGUGAAAUGUGCAGGAAGCAAACCUGGCUACUUUGCUGAAAGACUCAACCUGGCAAUGAGGGGCUCUGGCUACAAAGCCAAGAUCCUGACCCGUGUCAUGGUGAGCCGCUCGGAGAUCGACAUGGUGCAGAUCAAGAGUGAAUACAAGAAGAAAUAUGGCAAGACUCUCUACCAAGACAUUCUGGAUGACACCAAGGGCGACUAUGAGAAGAUCCUUCUGGCGCUGUGUGGAUCUAACGAGUAAACUGACACCUGUUUUUGUCCAUCAUGAAGAUUUUUUUUUUUUAUUUUUUUUUUUGCUGCCAAAUAAAAUGGAAUGAAUUACACAA